CAACCCAGGACGAGAAAUUUGAAACUCGACUUCAGCUGAAUCCCAUAAGAUUUCCGAGUAAUUCAACAACGUCCGACAGAUUCUCGUCUGAUGUCGGUUCUGUUGAUUUCCGAUAGUUGAUCCAAUAGUCGGAAAACAUCGGCUGCAAGCUGAAUUCCAUACACACUUUUUGAAUUUAGAUCGAAAGUCUUAAAUCUAAAUUUAAAAGAGAGCGUCGUCCAUUUCAACAAACUUCCGAGCAAGUCCAACGAAUGAAACUGAAGCAUGGUAGCAACUAUGGUCGUCCCAUAAAAGGCAAUGAUAAUAUAACUGCACCCCGUCGUGAAAUUCCUAUUGAUUUUUGGAAUAAGAUAGAUCUUAAUGAUGAUCCUGAAGAUUUAGAUAAAAGUAUUCAAUUUAUGAAAAAAGAGUUGUUACAAGAAAAAGUAAAUUUUGAUGAAGUCAGAAUUGCGUGGAAAAAAACAUUGGUAGCAAGAAGAAAAUUUAUUCAAACUCAUACAACAAAAGAAGUGUCACAAGAGUUUCCUGGUUAUCAUCAUGUUCUAUUGAUUUUCGACGAGAUUCAAUACCUAUGUAAUGUUGAUAUUGAGUCAAAUUUAGAAAAUGCUUUGCCAAAAUUACUUGGUAUAAUACCUGAAAAUUCAGGUUUUGUAAAUGACAAUAAACAUUUUCAAGAUUCAUGGCAAUAUUUAUUACAAAAUAAAGAACUAGCGUGUGCUCGUUCAACUAUACAAGUAACAUCAGAUGACUUUAAUAUAUAUUUGGAGUUUAAUAUGAUCACUCAAACAAAAUCCAUAAAUCAAGCAUUAAGCAUUGUUAUUUCAUUAUAUGUUAUAUUCGAAUUACAAUUUGGUACGCGCAACCGAGUUAUUCAUUUAUUGUAUGGAAUAUUGCUGCAAGAGCCAAGCAUUCUUUCGAAACAAUUACGACUUACAUUAAAACAAUGGGAUUUUCAUAUUGAUAAAAAAGAACAUACAAGAAGUAUGCAACCUGUUACAACUGCUUCAACAAAUAAUAAUACACAAAGGGUGUGGGUGUGGGUGGAUAUGGGUGUGGAUGGAUAG